UAGCGCGGGAGGCAGCGAAGCUGAGCAAUAAGAGGGACCUCAAAUGAAAGAGGAGCGCACCUCGGACCGGCUCCUCUCCAGUUUUGCGCCGAGUCUGUCCGCCGAUCUACCGGACGGUGCGAUCCGAAGCCAUGGAAGAAAAGUCCAAUUCGUUCGCCGGCAGCAAGGACGAAAAAGCGGAUGGGAAUAAUGCGUUCCAGAGGCAGGACUCGAUGCAGAAGAAUAACAUGGGGAGCCAGAACAUGAAAGAUCACGCCAACUCCGUGGGUUUUAAGAUGGAUAGGGACGAAGCCAUGGUCGGUCUCGAUGAUAUGGAUGGGGGGUCCAGGCAGUACGGCUUCAUACAGCGGCAGUUCGGGGCGAUGAUGCAGCCGGGGGUCAAUAAGUUCUCCUUACGAAUGUUCGGCAGCCAGAAAGCUGUGGAAAAGGAGCAAGAGAGAGUGCAAUCGGCCGGAUACUGGAUCAUCCACCCAUACAGCGAUUUUAGGUUUUACUGGGACUUGAUCAUGCUUAUUAUGAUGAUGGGAAACCUAAUAAUUAUUCCUGUGGGAAUAACCUUCUUCACGGAGCAAACCUCCACGACCUGGAUGAUAUUCAACGUGGCCUCAGACACCAUCUUUUUGGUGGACCUAGUCAUGAACUUCAGAACGGGGAUCGUCAUCGAGGAGAGCUCAGAGAUCAUCCUCGACCCCAAGGUCAUCAAGAGGAACUACCUGAAAAGCUGGUUUGUGGUGGACUUCCUGUCCUCCAUACCCGUGGAUUACAUCUUCCUGAUUGUAGAGAAGGGCUUCGACUCGGAGGUCUACAAGACGGCACGUGCCCUGCGUAUUGUCCGGUUCACAAAGAUCCUCAGUCUGCUCCGGCUGCUUCGGCUCUCCCGCCUCAUCAGGUACAUCCACCAAUGGGAGGAGAUCUUCCACAUGACCUAUGACCUGGCCAGCGCAGUGGUAAGAAUCUUUAAUCUGAUUGGUAUGAUGCUGCUGCUGUGCCACUGGGACGGCUGUCUGCAGUUCCUGGUGCCCCUCCUCCAGGACUUCCCGCCAGACUGCUGGGUGUCCCUAAAUGGUAUGGUUAACGACUCCUGGGGUAAGCAGUACUCCUACGCUCUCUUCAAAGCCAUGAGCCACAUGCUGUGCAUCGGCUACGGCGCCCGCUCGCCUGUCAGCAUGUCGGACGUCUGGGUCACCAUGCUCAGCAUGAUCGUGGGGGCCACCUGCUACGCCAUGUUUGUGGGCCACGCCACCGCGCUCAUCCAGUCGCUGGACUCCUCCCGCCGGCAGUACCAAGAGAAGUAUAAGCAAGUGGAGCAGUACAUGUCCUUCCACAAACUGCCCGCCGACAUGCGGCAGAAGAUCCACGACUACUACGAGCACCGUUACCAGGGCAAGAUCUUCGAUGAGGACAGCAUCUUAAAUGAGCUGAACGACCCCCUGAAAGAGGAGAUUGUGAACUUUAACUGCCGCAAGCUGGUGGCCACCAUGCCCCUGUUCGCAAACGCCGACCCCAACUUUGUGACGGGAAUGCUGAGCAAGCUGAAGUUCGAGGUCUUCCAGCCUAACGACUACAUCAUCCGUGAGGGAACCGUGGGAAAGAAGAUGUACUUCAUCCAGCACGGUGUGGCCAGCGUCAUCACCAAGUUGAACAAGGAGAUGAAACUCACCGAUGGCUCCUAUUUCGGAGAGAUCUGCCUGCUGACCAAGGGCAGGCGCACGGCCAGCGUCCGCGCCGACACCUACUGCCGCCUGUACUCGCUGUCCGUGGACCACUUCAACGAGGUGCUGGAGGAGUACCCCAUGAUGAGGCGAGCCUUCGAGACCGUGGCCAUCGACCGGCUCGAUCGCAUCGGUAAAAAGAACUCCUUACUGCUGCAGAAGUUCCAAAAGGACCUGAAUGCAGGAGUGUUCAACACGCAGGAGAAUGAGAUCCUGAAGCAGAUAAUCCGGCAGGACCGGGAGAUGGUGAUGAUGGUGGACCGCAAGUACUCGGCCACCGGCGCCGCCUCCUCGCCCCUUUCGGGCACCUCCGUGGCGCACUCUCCGGCGCAGGCCCCGCUCUCCGUCGUGUUGGCCGGGGCUCAGCUGCAGCAGUGUGCACCUUCCCGGCUCUCGUCCUCCGCCCAGACCGGCUCAGCCUGCCCCUCGCCGGCACUGCAGACGCCCCUCCCGCAGGGAGCAGCCGCGUCCCCGUGUGCCUUCAUGCCGGGGAUGGGGGGCAGCCCGUCCGUGCCGAGCCCCUUGGCUGGCCGGACGUUCCAAUACGGCUCGCCCACAGCCUCCCAGCUCUCCCUGCUCCAGCUGCAGCAGCCUGGGCUGCCCAGCGGGGUCUCUCCUCACAGAAGUGUGCAGGCGCUGCCUCUGGCAUCCCUUGGAGCAGACGCCCGCCUGCUGUCCGCCUCACAGCCCGCACUGCCCCACGAGGUCCUCACGGCCGGGAUCAGGCUGCCCAUCACCCCGGGGGAGCCUAUGGGGGGGGUCCGCGCGGCCGUUCCCCAGCGGGUCAUGCGGCAGAUGUCAUCUGGAGCCCUGCCGCCCGUCCACGUGCCCCCCGUGACCCCCACCCCCCUGCACAGGAGGGAGUCCACAGGCCCGGGUGGCAUGGAGACCGAUCAAGACAAGCUGCACUUCGCCUCCAACUUAUGAUGUGGCUAACCGCCCCCCCCCCCCAGUGUUCCCGCCCCCCCUGCAUGAGACGCGGCAAAUCAGCGAGCUCGAGGCAGAGCAGCAACUUUUUACAUUCACAGCUACCAAGGACUUCCGUUGUGAACUGUUUUUCGCUCUCCCGUUUUGUUUUUCCUCCAGUCCCUUUUUGGAAGAAAGACUUGGUAGAUAUUCUGUACAGGCCUCUUCACUGUACCUUAAAGAGCGCCCCCUACCUGUAAGAAUGUAUGUCACACAGUGCAGAUUCACGGGCAAAUCCAUAGUAGAAUAUCGGGAACUGACUCUUUAAAACCAAGUCUUCCUCUGAGGUGUUUUUCAAAAAAAAAGAUAUAUAUUUUUAGUUUUACUGCCUUCUGUUUUGUAGUUUUUUUUUUUUUUUGGAAACAUACCUUUCCCUAGACUUUGCAGAUUUUUGUUUUUUUUUUUUUCCUUCCCCAAGCGAAUCAGAGUGAAGAACAUUUGGAGACCCACACUCAUCCAAAGGCACCAGACGGGAGGCAAAAAAGAAGAGCUCAUUCCGAGAAUCCCUAACUGCCGAAAUAGGUAACCCUCUACUGUUUAUAAUACUGGUGUAGAAAGGCUGUUCCAUGACUUGUGCAAUACUUCCAAGGAAGUUACACUUACUAUUGGCUCAUUAAGGCAAGAGACAGUGUUAUGGAUCAAACAGCUGUAAAGGUGUAAAUGUACUGCUUCUUAAAAGAAAAGGACAGCGCUGGUAUGAAGUCGGAUUUUCUAUUCCUGUAGAAAUGGACAUUCGCUAGUAUUGCUUAUUUAAUCUGUACAUUUAUAUUUUUAAAUGAUAAAUAUCACCAUUAUGCAAUAGACUGUGAUAUGAAAUGAGCUAUACAUGUCUUGUAAAUAGUUUUAUAGAAGUAGUCUAUAGAGACCCAGUGUGAUGCAUUCUCAGUCAUGAGCGUCUGAUUUUAAUAAGGAAUAUUGUAUCAUGCGAAUGCCCGGGCAAGCUCUCAGUCAACACCACAUCCCCAAAAAGGGUGUGUAACAUGUAAAAAUAUGGAAGAAUUGUACAGAACAGAAUAGUAAACUUUCAUGCAAUUCUUAGCAUUUUUUCAUGAAAUCAAUUCAGCUACAUUUUUUUGUGUACACAUGGGAAUUGAAUCUGGCCAGAUAAAUAUGGAAUCAUGUCUAAAAGUCUAAUAGAAUUUGCAAAUCCUUCUGUGACUUUGGGUCAAGGAAAUACAAUGCUUAACAAGAAGCUUCCCCAUAGCUUUCACAGAAAGUGUAUAUUAAAAUGGUAUGGUCCAGAGAGGACUGUUCCAUUCUUGGAAGGCGAGAGGGUGUCGUUGUUUUCAUUCCAGCUCAAUUCCUAAUGAUGUAUUAAUGAACAAAUGUGGAGCUAGGAAAUCAUCUCACCUGGUACGCCAGGUGUCAAUGAGCCACUAAUUCUCAAGUAAACCUGUCUGACCGCAGUCACCCAGGGCUGAAAUGGCCCAUCAGAGAAUUUGAUAAGGUGAGGAAUGUGUAUAGGCACGCGAGCAUUGUCAAACUGAGAGAUGGUUCAGGCAAACCACACAUGUUUAUGUGUUGGAAAACCAAAACAAUCAACACGACAUCACAAAUUGUGGGAUUUUCCUUUAUUUCCUAAAUGUUGCCUUUCUUGUUAUGCAACUCCUGCUUUGGAGAGCUACAUCCAUGCUGCUGGACGUCUUAAAGGUUGGGAGGAUUUGAAUUAUUUUGUUUCAAUGACAACAGGAAGUUGAAUAAGUCACUUUGACCUCAAGGAUAUGUUGUAUCACCUGCAUCUUAGUGGCAACUCAGCACAAUCCUCUAGAUCUCUCUCUCUCUCUCUUUAUUGUGCAUUUCCUUUCACCUGUGAUUUUACCUCGGAUCAGUAUUGCCUCUGAGAAGCAUUCGAUGGAAAGUGCAGCACCUAGGAUUCUGAAUGACGGCUUUAUGUGAAUUAGAGUUACCUAGAGUUGUAAUGCAUGUGUCCCGGGGGGAAAAUGAAGUCUCACUGUGUGCUCUGUAUAUUGUCUUUCAGUUCCCUGGCAAUUAUUAAAAUGGGCCUUUUAAACUUUUUAUUUCAAAAAGUGUAACUGUCAUUCAAAAAUGCACAAAACACAGUGUAUUCUUAAUUCACAGUAGAAUUUAGUCUGGAUUUUUAUAUGAAAUAUUCAUAUCUGUAUUGUGAACAAUUUCUUGUUAUUCCCAUUUUGACAGUGAAAUAUAGACAUGAGGAAACUUUAAAAAGGGAAAACUAUGGAUAAAAUAGCAGACGUUUUUAAAGAAAAAAGCAGACGUUUUUAAAGAAAUUGGAGGAACAUAUACCCUUGUUUUCUUGUUAUUUGUGACUAUUGGUAAAACAUGAAAACGUGAUUUAUGACACCCCAUCAUGUACUUUCAAAGGUAUCACAAAGAACAAAAGCACCUUCUUCCAAGAAGACCAGAUUUGCACGUGUAAACUGCAUGUAUCUGAACCCGGCAUGUGACUGUGCUCAUUCCGUCCAUCAAAACUCAAAGCAAUUCCAUUCAAGUCAUCUCAGGAACAAAAAUAGAAUUAUUUACAUUUAUUUCCCCUUUAGUCUGUAUGUAUCUAUCAUAUUUGAAACAUGGUGUUAAAUAGGCCCAUAUCUUCAAAAACACCGUUAUCUGUGUAUU